AUGACAGACUCUGCUGUGCCAAUGAGAAAGAAGAUGGAAGAGUUGAUUCGCCGUAAGCAAAAGGAAAUCACUAAAGGGUUGGAGGAAUUGGACACUGUGCAGUUCCGUGCAGACUCCUGGACCCGUGGUAACGAUGGUGGUGGUGGUACCUCUAUGGUUUUGCAAAACGGUUCUACUUUCGAAAAAGGUGGUGUCAAUGUGAGUGUUGUUCACGGUACUUUGACUCCUCCAGCUAUUAGAGCGAUGAAAAACGAUCACAAGAACUUGCACUUGCCAAUUGACCCAGAAACUGGCGAGCCAGAUGCUUCUGGUGUCAGAUUUUUCGCUUGUGGUUUGUCGAUGGUCAUUCACCCAAUCAACCCACACGCGCCAACGACGCAUUUGAACUACAGAUACUUCGAGACGACGCAUGCGGACGGGACACCUCAGGCCUGGUGGUUUGGUGGUGGUGCCGAUCUUACCCCAUCGUAUUUGUACGAGGAAGAUGCAAAGUUGUUCCAUCAAUUGCACAAGGACGCUCUAGACAAGACAGACGUUACCCUAUAUCCAAAGUUCAAGAAAUGGUGCGAUGAGUACUUCUACAUCAAGCACAGAGAAGAAACCAGAGGUAUUGGUGGUAUCUUUUUCGAUGACUUGGACGACCGUGAUCCAGACGUUUUGUUGAACAUGGUCGAAAACUGUUUCGAUGCGUUCUUGCCCUCUUACACGGAAAUCAUCAAGAGAAGAAUGAACAUGCCAUACACCGAGGAGGAAAGACAAUGGCAACAGAUUAGACGUGGUAGAUACGUCGAAUUCAACUUGGUCUUGGAUAGAGGUACUCAAUUUGGUUUGAGAACUCCUGGCUCUCGUGUUGAGAGUAUCUUGAUGUCCUUGCCUGUUACCGCCUCCUGGUUGUACGACCACCACCCUGAACCUGGCUCCAGAGAAGACAAAUUGCUACAGGUCUUGAAAAACCCAAUCGAAUGGGUGUAA